AUGGGUUGCAGUUGCGGGAAGACUAAUGACAGCGCCAAGAGCUCAAAGUUUUACAUUUUGGGUACGAUCACCAAAAAGAGAUCAUGCAACAUUUAUUUGGCCUAUAGAAGCCCUUCCCAUGAGUUUGGUCUGGAUUACACAAUAAUAACUGAGAAGGUGAAUAAUGCCGACUUUGACUAUAUAGACAAUUACGGAUCUCUAGCAACUAAUGCGCGGACAUACAGAUACUUGAGUAACUCGCAAAUUAGAGAAUUGGAUGAAUUAUGCUUAAAUAAAACUUUAUGCAUCCUAAAGUGCGUAAAACUCCCGGAAGAUGAGUAUUCAGCUCAGCAUCUUAAACAAAAGGUUCUGAGAGAAGAGAGUGCACUAGAGGCCCUAAGAGAGGAAGAAUGGACCGUAAAUCUGUAUGAAGCGUUUGAGCAUAUUGACUCUGUAUACCUUUGCAUGGAGUAUCUGUGGAGAGGAACAUUGUAUGACUAUAUCCGCUAUAACGGUUCCUUACCUCUAAAACUAGUAAAGAAUUUUGCGUUACAGAUUCUGCAAAUUAUCGAGGCAUUGCAUGGAAGCUGUUGGACACACCGUGAUAUAACAUCAGCCAAUAUUAUGAUUUCAAAGGACUGUAAACUCAAGCUGAUAGAUUUUGAAUUUGCUCAAAAGUUAAAUUCAGACUGUGAACGUAUGACAUCAUUUCUAGGAACAAAGUAUUAUAUGCCACCGGAGGUUUAUGCUUGUGACCCUGAUUUAGGGUUGAAAUCCGAAUAUGGAAAAGAAUCCGAUUUCUGGUAUAUGGGUGUAAUAAUAUAUGAGAUGGUCACGGGAUAUCUCCCAUUUGACUUGCGGAAUACGGAUGAGCACAGCCUUUACAAAAUGAUAAAAACUAGUCCCCAAACCUUAGAUUUCACAAAAGUUAAAGAUAAAAAUGCCCUAGAUCUUAUAAAAGGGCUAUUAACGGGUAAUACCCAGGAAAGACUAGGAUACACCGGUGGAACACAUACGAUAAAAAAUCAUGAAUUCUUCCAAGAUAUCGAGAGAAAUACCGAUAUAUGUAUAAAAACGAUUAGAGAGAGUGAUUUUGGAAUGUUUGAGGUAUGA